CUCUCACUAUAAAUACAACCACUUCUCAACAUGUACUCUUUUUCUCUCUUCUUCCUCUUCUCUCUCUUAUUACCGUUUUCCCCCUUCGUCCCCUCUCUUUCGCCGACCGUUUUCCGGCAAAUCCGCCGGCGAUUUCGUGCACCGCCGGUCGUCAAACUCUCUUGCUCCUUCUUCUUCAUCUUCUUCGCGCUCUCAGGAAGCAUAGUUUGAAAUGGAGGGAUUGGGACUGAAAAAUGUGAGUUCGCAUUGUUCAAUAUCUGAAAUGGACGACUAUGAUCUGUCGCGCCUUCUUGAUAAGCCAAGGCUGAACAUUGAGAGGCAGAGAUCGUUCGAUGAGAGGUCGCUUAGCGAGCUUUCCAUUGGCUUGGCACGUGGAGGCAUUGACAAUUAUGAGAGCACUUACUCGCCCGGUGGCCGGUCAGUGGUGGACACGCCGUUGUCCUCUACUAGGAACUCGUUUGAGCCCCAUCCAAUGGUAGCCGAGGCCUGGGAGGCUCUUAGAAGGUCCCUCGUGCAUUUCAGGGAUCAGCCUGUUGGUACCAUUGCAGCAUAUGAUCAUGCCUCCGAAGAGGUUUUGAAUUAUGAUCAGGUUUUUGUACGAGAUUUUGUGCCCAGUGCUCUGGCAUUUUUGAUGAACGGUGAGCCUGAUAUAGUGAAGAACUUCCUUUUGAAGACUCUGCAACUUCAAGGAUGGGAAAAAAGAAUAGACCGAUUUAAGCUUGGGGAAGGUGCAAUGCCAGCUAGCUUCAAAGUUCUUCAUGAUCCGGUUCGGAAAACAGAUACUAUUGUUGCAGAUUUUGGUGAGAGCGCAAUUGGAAGAGUUGCUCCAGUUGACUCUGGUUUCUGGUGGAUUAUUCUGCUUCGUGCAUAUACAAAGUCAACUGGGGAUUUAUCUUUAGCUGAGACACCAGAGUGUCAAAAGGGAAUGAAGCUGAUAUUGACACUCUGUUUGUCAGAAGGGUUUGAUACAUUCCCGACGCUGCUUUGUGCUGAUGGAUGCUCAAUGAUCGAUCGAAGAAUGGGUAUUUAUGGUUAUCCUAUUGAAAUUCAAGCACUUUUCUUUAUGGCACUAAGAUGCGCUUUGUCACUGUUGAAACAUGAUGCUGAAGGGAAAGAAUGUAUUGAGAGAAUUGUAAAACGUUUGCAUGCCUUGAGUUAUCAUAUGAGAAGUUACUUCUGGCUUGACUUUCAACAGCUAAACGACAUAUACAGAUAUAAAACAGAGGAAUACUCUCACACAGCAGUAAAUAAAUUUAAUGUUAUACCUGAUUCAAUCCCUGAGUGGGUUUUUGACUUUAUGCCAACACGUGGUGGCUACUUCAUCGGGAAUGUGAGUCCUGCAAGGAUGGAUUUCCGAUGGUUCGCUUUGGGUAACUGUGUUGCGAUUCUAGCUUCGCUUUCAACUCCCGAACAAUCAAUGGCGAUUAUGGAUCUUAUUGAAGCUCGCUGGGAGGAGCUGGUUGGUGAGAUGCCAUUAAAAAUAACUUAUCCUGCUAUAGAAAGUCACGAGUGGCGGAUAGUAACUGGUUGUGACCCCAAGAAUACUAGAUGGAGUUACCAUAACGGAGGUUCUUGGCCAGUGCUUUUGUGGUUGCUAACGGCUGCUUGCAUUAAGACGGGGCGACCACAAAUUGCAAGACGAGCAAUUGAUCUUGCCGAGACCCGUUUGCUAAAAGAUAGCUGGCCAGAAUAUUACGAUGGGAAACUGGGGAGAUAUAUUGGUAAACAAGCAAGGAAGCAUCAGACGUGGUCUAUUUCAGGAUAUUUGGUGGCAAAGAUGAUGCUGGAGGAUCCGUCACACCUAGGAAUGAUUUCCCUGGAAGAAGACAAACAGAUGAAACCGGUGAUUAGAAGAUCAUCGUCCUGGACAUGCUGAAAAGCGUAAGUGGGCAAGAGCAAAUUUGCCGGAAAAAGGAUAGCGAACAAAAUGGAAAUUUCAAAACUUCUAAUUGAAAAAAGCCAGUAUUCUUUAGGGUCCAUCAUCCUUCUAGGUCUGAUUUUAAGAAUUCGGUUUUUGUGUACAAUAGGAUCUGCUA